AAACUAGUUAACAUGGGUGAUAUGCGAUUGUGAUCCCAAUAUGAAUCGGAUGUAUUUCGUUUUUUACUGGUUGGAAAAAAGUAAACUCUGGCCAAAUACAUAUUCUGAAAAGUAGUAACUGAUCAUGCUUGAACACCUCAUUAGAAUAACAAGAAAAACCUUCGUUCGUGAUCAAAAUUCAAACAGAAGAAGCAUUGAAGUCAUUCAAUAUAAUAUCUAGCAUGGAUGGUAAAGGAGACGGAAGUAUUCCAAGUUAUGGAGAAGUUAUAAGUGAUGAAAAGAGAAAAGUUUCUGAAGGGAGUGAUGAUGUUGAGAUAGAAAUGGAUGACAAAAGCAUGGAAAAGGCUCCACUCGAUUCUUCUAAUAGCACCGAACCCAUUGAUGAGCAGAAUAAAGGAAAUUGUUUCACUCAAAUGCUACUAAAAGGUGUUAAUGAAGCGACCACUUUUGUAAAGAUGAAUAAAACCAUUUUACGACAUGUUUUUUUUGGCUUAUUAUUGGCAGGAUAUUGUGCUUAUUUCAUUGGUGCGAUGGUCUAUGUUCAACAAGCGAUACCUUUGAUUGUAUUAACAGUCGUUGUACUUGUCAUUGUUCUUUUGGAAGUAUGCUCUAAAAGAAUAUCUCGAUUGCUGAAGAAUACAUGCAACUUGAAAGCAUGCAAAAAAUCUGAAAAAGUGAAAAAAGUUCUGUUCUGGUUGCAAGUAGUUUGUGUCUGUGCUUUUUUUAUUUGGCUGCUUGUUAGUAUAAUAAUUCAGAGUCCUCGCCAAUUAGUUUCCUUACUCGGACUGUGUCUUAUCAUCUUCGUCUGUUUCAUCUUCUCCAAAUAUCCAAAUGAUGUAUCCUGGCGUCCUGUGCUUUGGGGAAUCAUUAUGCAGUUCAUUCUAGGCUUGAUUGUGCUUCGUACAAAGGUGGGAUUCAAUGCUGUUAAGUUCAUUGGAGACCAAGUGGCAACUUUCAUGAGAUAUUCCGACUAUGGAUCAAAGUUUGUGUUUGGUGAUGCAUACUUUGUUCAUAUGUUUGCUUUUAAGAUUCUUCCCAUGAUUGUUUUCUUCAGUACUGUGAUGAACAUGUUGUAUUAUAUAGGAAUCAUGCAAUGGUUCAUUGGAAAGCUAUCAUGGGUGACGCAAAAGACUCUUGGUACCUCGGCUAUCGAAUCAACAGUUUCUGUUGCAAAUAUCUUUGUUGGAAUGACAGAAGCUCCAUUAGUUGUUCGGCCCUACUUAAAUGAUUUGACAAGAGCCGAAAUACAUUCCGUUCUUACAUGUGGACUAGGUUCAAUCGCGUUUUCUGUUUUCGGUGCAUUUGUAGAAAUGGGAAUUGACAGUGUUCAUUUACUAACAGCUUGUGUAAUGUCUGCACCUGCCAGUCUUGCAAUAUCUCGCUUGCUGUUUCCAGAACGUCAAAAAUCUAAGUUUAUAACAACCCAUUCCUUGAAAUUAACUGAAGGAUCUGAUCGAAAUAUAGUAGAAGCUGCUGCUGUAGGAGCAUCAAUGUCUAUUGGCCUAGUUGCCAAUAUUGCUGCAAACCUCAUUGCAUUUCUAGCACUGCUUGCGUUCAUCAAUAGCAGUCUAAAUUGGUUUGGAGCAUUUGUUGGUUACCCUGAUUUCACUUUCCAAGUUUUAUGUGGUUAUCUCUUCAUGCCUCUUGCUUUUUUGAUGGGUGCAGAUUGGGAAGAUUGUGGUACAGUUGGGGAGUUAUUUGGUGUAAAAACAUUUCUGAAUGAAUUUAUUGCUUAUAAAAGUAUGAAACCACUGGUCGAAAACAGACUUCUUGGUAACGUUCCAAAAUUUAACAAUGGAACUGCAAUGUUUAUGUCCGAGAGAUCUGAAGUUGUUGCAAUUCAUGCUCUGUGUGGUUUUUGUAACAUAAGUUCUCUGGGAAUCAUUAUCGGAGGAUUGGGAAGUUUGAUGCCAGAAAGAAAAGGGGAUUUAGCGGAAUUAGCAAUGAGAGCUUUCAUGGGAGGAAUUUUCACUUGUUGCAUGACCGCUUCAAUUGCCAGUUUGCUAUUUGUGGAAACCAUAUCUGCACCUACAACUGGUAAUAACACUCUCGGCAUGAAUAACACCGGAUUCUAACAUUCGUUUCUUAGUUAGCCCAUGUUUUCUAGAGUAAGAGGCAUUAUGAUUCAAACAUGUUGCAUUAGUCCCGAAUGCCUUAAAUGCUUUGCUAUUCUUCUUUGAAAGUUAUGAAGAUACUUUCCAGUCAAUGUUCCAAUUUUUGUAUCUUUUAAUUGAAUCUGUGUAGGUUUCUCAAUGUUCUGUUUGUUUGUUAUUUGUAAUAAUUUUGUAUGGAGUAAGUCUGUGAAAGUUUAAAACUUUCUGUGAAAACACUAAAAAGAGAUUUUAACAUAGUCACCAGAAUGAACAUGUCAAUCAGGAUUAUACUAGCCAAAUGAAGCAUAUUGUUUUGGAGUUCAUCAUUUUAUGAUAAUAUUCCAAUUCAUACUGGGUAAUGAUUAAGUCACCACACCAUUGUGUUCGGUGACUAUCAUGAGAAAAGAAGCCAUCAGAGACCCCAAUUUACUUGAUUCAAACACCAGCAUUGAACAUUAUUUAAAACAAACCACUGAUUUUUAUGUAUUUUUCUUUUUGUAAAUUAUUUACAAAUUUUGUUGUUUUGUCUCAGCUCAACUUGAAGGAAAUUCAUUGUCUUAAUCUAACUUUUGUACCUUGACACUAUCAUGAUAGCAUUAGAUAGAUUUUACUUAGUAUCUCCGUUGUAUACUUUUGGGCUUUAAAUUGUCUUUGUUUUGUCCAAUUUUAUUUGUAGCAUUCUUGUAUCAACAGAUGAAAUGUUCCUUAUAAAAGCAGACCACUCGUGAUAAGAUUAAAUUCUUUAUUCCAGUCAUUGGCAAAUUUAUACCAGAUGACUUAUAAGCAAUCACUCACCAUUCCCAUGACUUCUCUUCUAAGCCAUACUUUGAGAUAACUUGGAUAAAAAUAAAAGUUUUCGAAGCAUUUCAUCAUAGUAUAUUGAUCCUAAAAUAUAAGCAUCUUAAAUUUAUCUUGAUUUUCCUGGUCUCCAAUUUUUUUUUGAAUAUCUUGACAUGGAAUUUAUUUUUUGGAAUACCUAUUUUGGUAAUCGUUUUUGUGCAGAAUGAUCAGCAAUCGUUAAAGCUAUUUUGGACAUUGAGAUUCAAAUUUUUCAAUUACUAUUUUCUAUACAGUUUCAUUUUAUCUUGAUCAAACAUACAAAAAUAUUGC